CCUUUUUAUUCCAAAAAUCCGCGACUCUUUAUAUGAAUGAGUCUGACAAAGAAAAGGCCCUUUGCACUCUAAAGAAUCAUCCGCUCCCUUCAGAUCCCGCUACAACGUAAGGCAAGGAGGAUCUGGGUGGUAUUGAUAUUGAAUUAGAACUUUAGUUAUUGUGUUUGAUUUGAGAUAGAGAUAAUGUCAAGUAAGAAGGAAGAGAAAGCCCAGGCUGCAGCUGAAAGAAUCAAGGCAGCGACCUUGACUGCUGCGAAGGGUCUUAGUCGUGCUCAGGCUGAAAGGGCAGCGGCGGCUGCAGCCCGAAAUGUUAAUGCUUAUGGGCAAAAGGAAGAAGGACCUAGCAGAUGGCAGGAGAAAAGGGAAGCUAAGAGACAGAUGUAUCUGAAUAGCACUGAAAAGGCUGUGAGAUUAGGUGAAAGAAAAGACCUUAAGACCACUAUGUCUACUAUUUCGGGCGUGCCUUCACAAUGCCAGAAGUGUUUCCAGAGUGGGCAUUGGACAUAUGAAUGCAAAAACGAACGAGUUUACAUCUCUCGACCCUCUCGGACCCAGCAGCUCAAGAACCCCAAACUGAGGAUGAGAGCAUCAAUCCCUUAUGGUGUAGAUAAUCCAGACCUCAAGGAGGAGAAGGCUGAAAAGAGCUCAAAGAAAAGCAAAAGGAAGUAUAGGUCAGUUUCUGAUUCUGGCAGUGAUAGUGAGGCCUCAGUUUUCGAGACUGAUAGUGGGACAUCAUCAGUUACAGAAUCGGAUUCUUCUUCAGAUGAGAGUAGCUCUGGUUAUAGUUCAUCUGAUUCAGAAGAGGAGAGGAGGCAGCGGAGGAAGAAAAAGAAGCAGAAGAGGGGGAGGCGUAGGAGGGACAGCAGUUCUUCUGAGUCUUCUGAUUCGUCAGAGUCUGAUUCUGGUGAUAGGACAAGUCACAGGAAGAGCAAGAGGCAUGGUCGAAGGCGCUGAAGGAGGCUGUCCAACGGUGGGGAGCAACAUAUGCAGUAGUGAUAUUUUGCUUUGUUGUUGUACUUGUUUGUUAUUAACCUGGGAUCUGUCUGCUCCAAAUAUAUUCGCGUCUGUUGCUGAGGAAGCUUAAAGGCUUUCUGCUGUUGCAAGUUAUGCCUUCUAAAAUAAGCUUAGGAAUGUUUGGACUGUUGGAUUUGGUGAAAUGUUUCGGAUUUGCAUUA